CAUGCAGCGUCGCCGUGCCCGUCAUACCGUCUGAACGUAUCGAUAACGCUUUCACUGACUCAGUAGACAACAUUAACAAAUCCGAAAAAUAUCACAAAGACUUCGUUUUAAACCAGUCAAAAUUGUAGUAAUUGGGGCUAACUCGACAUUAACCGAGCUACCCAUUUGUGCGUGCAGCGUGUGGUCAACGAUUUGUGGCCGGGGCCAGGCAGGAAAAUCCAGGAAAAGAGUCCUUAGAUGUGGCACGGGCCACCGACCUUCCAGUGCACCCCUUUCGUUUAGGACUCGGUGCAGUCGAAGUGCUGGUGGUGCAGCAGCCGUUUCUGGCCGGGAUCGGGCAGGGAUCGAGGCGAACUCGUGACCCGUCGAAAGGUCACAGGGACAUCGUUACGACGACACGUAACGGAGCGCGGCUCAAGGACACGCGGCUCAGACUCCUCGCUCAGAGUCGCAGGCAUAGAAAAAGCCGCAGUGUUCGGGCGCUAGGCAAGCCGAAGCCUCCGUCCCCCGACAGCUGGAAGUUCCAGUCGGCCUUUUGGUCCAGCCUUUGCGCCGCCCGCGUUCGACGCCAGCUGCUCAGGAUGGCCGUCAAGCAGAACAACAGCGAGACGGGCGACGCCUCGGACAACGCCGGAGGAGCCGGUAGUGGCAUGCCCCAAAACGCCAAACCCAUGUCUGCCAACGGGCUGAAUAUCCCCGACGAGAACGGAGUCUCUGAAAGCAUGGAUGCGGGAUCGGUUGCUGGCGAGAGUCUAAACUCCAAUCGACCUGGCAAGCGAGACAUUAAAACACUAUUGGCAUACCUGCAGAGUAUAGAUCUGCAGGAGCAGGGCCACAAUGUGAUGGCCAUCUGCGAGAGGGCCAUUGUGGAUCUAGCCCGCCUGCAGAUUUCACUGCCAAUGGCCUUGUGUCCGCGACUCAAGGCGGACGUUUGUCAGGUUGGCGCCUUUCUGGCCACGCGCAACGAGAGGUUCCACCAGAUGUUUUACCUACGCGUCGUAUACAAGCUGAUAACCAAGUCUUCACAUGAACCGCCGCCUUCGUGUGCCGUGGCUAUUGUGUUUCAGUUGUUUGACUCAAACCAGAUACUCGAGGCGGUGCACUCGCUACUGGAGCAAAACGUUCAGGACUCGAGCAUCCGAAAGACGGUAAACCUGCUGUGCGACUGGAUCACCUACUGCACCUUCUGUAGUAACCUUAAUCUCUGGGUGCUGGCGUUACUCACCGGACUGCGUGAUCAGGGAAAGCGGCAGCUGCUAGACGAAAUCGCCCUGGACAACAUCGAGAAACUGUUCCACGUAAUGAUCGCUCCGGCGUUGCGUCAAAAGGCUGCUCCGGUGGUGUUUCACAUGCUGUCGACCAUUAAUCAGACGCCCGAGGUUUUUCAUAAGAUCUUGCCAAGGAUUCCCCUUGUGCUGCAGUAUGUGAAGAGCCAGUCAACUACUAUGAACGAGUCUGGCCUGGAAACACGAAAUUGUCUGCAGCAGCUGGUGGACCUGACCAGCGUCUUAAUGCUGCGAUUUUGCGAUCAAGAUGAGCUCUAUGUCGCUGCUAAGAAGGCUUUGCAAACGUACGAGCCCUCGCCGAACUGUGUGGCCUUGGCGCGAGCAAUGCACGAGAAUGCCCAACCGUGGGGUCGGCGAAAUGCGAGGGUCGGACUGGUGAACCUGGGAAACACCUGCUAUAUGAACAGUGUACUUCAGGCUCUGGCCAUGACUAGCGAUUUUAGCAGGCAGAUUUUGCUCAUCGAAUGUGACUCCCUGCUACUAAUGAAGGUGCAACAGCAGAUUGCAUUGAUGCACCACUCGCUGCGCUACGAACUAACACCCUCGCGAGUGCUAAAUGCCACCCGCCCGCCUGGUUUUACGCCCGGUCUUCAACAGGACAGCUCCGAGUUCCUAGGAUAUCUGCUCGAACUGCUGCACGAGCACGAGAUCAACAGCGCUUCAUCCGCUGGACGCAGUGGCGCUCCUACGAAGAGCAGUUCGGACAUUGACGAUAUGCCUGGCCUGCUGAGCGAGGAGAUAGUGACCAGCGGCGUUAUUCCAUACAACAGCAAGGAUCGCGAGCUCAACAGCGGAAGUAGCAGUGGCUACAAGCCCACUUCCACUCCACCCGCAACACCCACCAAAGGCACAAACGGCUCACUGCAGCAGGGUCAGUCGGCGGCUCAACCAAAGCCACAAUCCACCAUCGACAAAACGUUCGCCGGAAAGUUGUCCACCACCUACCGAUGUCUGAGCUGCGGCUGGGAAAGUCGAAACGAGGACAGCUUCCGGGAGCUUCAACUGUCUUUUCCCGACGACAAGGACGAUUGCGGAGCCACCAACUACUCGGUGCAGGACUUAAUCGAGUACUUUUGCUCGCCAGAAAAGCUGGACGGGGACAAUCAGUACUUUUGUCCGCGUUGCAAGAAGCUCUGCGAUGCGGAGCGGCAUAUCGGAGUCACCCAAGCACCCAGAAACCUCAUUCUCACGCUUAAGCAGUUCAAGUACGAUCAGAAGUAUCACUCCCGCACUAAACUGAUGCAUAAGGUGUUCCACGAUGAGAGCGUCACAGUAAAAACGUCCUCCACGGACACUCUGCAGGAGAUGUCCACGGUGCACUACGAUCUGUAUGCAGGUGUUGUGCAUGCCGGAUUUAGCAUGGAUUCCGGCCACUACUUCACUUUUGCGGCGGAUCAAGAAAAGAACUGGUACAAGUUUAAUGACAACUUGGUUACUCACUCGCAGCCGGAGGAGAUGCACAACCUAACCUCGCCCAACACGCCUUACAUCCUGUUCUAUAAGAUGUGUGGCCGCUCCAACGAGUCAAAUGGAACGUCGGCCAGCUGCAGCUCGGGCUUGGGAUUGGGAUCGAGCCAUCAGAUGGUAUCGGUGCCAUUCUCGCCACCGCUAACGCUGGAUGAAUUGCCGCGUCAGCUGCGCGACUACGUGAGGAAGGACAACCACGUUUACAACGAGGAGUUGAGGAUGCAGCGCUAUAAACGUGAUAGUGGAGGGCACGGGCGAAAUGGAUUCGUCAGCCGGCACAGCUUUGAUGGCGAUGGCGACGAGGACGACCAGGCGCCGCCGCCGUCCGGAGGAUGCGGUGGUAAUGGACUAGGCAUGAACAUCAACCGCUUCGUCUUCUGAGGAAGCACAAGCAAAGGCAGCGAGCACUCUGGAGGCCACUAAAGCAUAUAUUUGUCUACUUUAUAAAACACGCGCAUACUAAUCUAAAUGUUACAUAUAUAUAGCCAGUGCAUAACCAAUCGAGAUAUAUAUGGCUACAUAUAUCGAGUGUGUAAGAAUCGCUGGCUGCUGCGCUUUCCGUUCGCUCGUUUGCCAACUCUUCCCGUUGUUGACCAUGUUCCCUGAUCAGUUUCCUCACUUCCUUGGUCCUUUCCCUCGAAAAAAACCAUCCCUUUCAUACACAAGCAAACUAUCAAUGUAUUUCCAUUUACAAAAUUGUUAUAAUUUUUUGUUUUUGUUAACACAAAUCUAGUUGUAGAGCGAGCAUAUAUGCGUACACAUACAUAUAUUAAUUAUAACGAUUUAAAGCGUCUAAAUUAGCCAGAGCCGAGAGGGAUAUACUCGAAUUCGAACCAGCAGAUCUAUUAAGACCACUAACUUCCAAAGCAGUAAAUCAGAAAUGUAUGCACCUUAGAUUUUAACGCACAGCUCGGAGUAAAAUCAUAUCUCGAGUUGCAAUUGAACUAGGACAAAGUUAUGCAGAGCGAUCAAAGCGAUAAUGACUUGUAUAAAAAGUUGGGGAACGCGAGAUCGAAAUCGGGCCAAAACCCUCAGAUCGUAUAAUUAUUUGUCCUGUUAAUUUUUGUGAAUUUUUAAUAAUUUACUAUUGUACGACACGAAUUUGUAAUUGAUAUAUAUAUAAAUGUAUCUCUUUGGAUCUGGUGAGCAGAGGUUGCGAUGAUUUUUGAAUGUUAUUGCAAUUAAAUUGGAAUAAUUUCAAAGAAAAAUGUAUAUGGUGUAUGUCUAUUGAUAACCAAAAUCUAUACUAUGCUAUGCUAUAAGUGUAUCAAUAAAGAAAAGAACAAGCCCAA